UUCGUUUCUUACAGGCUCGUUUUCGGAACCCUGUAUCCCGCUUAUUCAUCGUACAAGGCUAUGAAGACGAAGAAUGUCCGAGAAUACGUAAGUGUUUUCUUUCUUUUCCUCCAAGAUUUGGAUGGAAUAACGUUCGAUCGAUAAAAUCUUUUCGUUUGAUAUGCUUCUUGGCUUGAGAUCUAUCCAAGUAUUUUCUGUUCACUUUUUGAAAAGCUACUGAGAACACAAGAUUUAAGUUUAGGCGAAUGUCUUUUCGUCAGUCUUAAUUUGCAUCUCAGCUCAAGAUUGAGUGGCGUUCGGUAAUAGUUCAAGUGUUGAUGGUUGAUAUGAUACAAGCAAAACAUGCCGGAAAGUACACUUGUGUUUUCAAUCUAGCUUGUUAACUGAGUUACUAAUCUAGCAGCUGAAAAUCGCCUUUCCUCUUAAUACGCAAGUAUAUCUUCAGGUACAACGAUCCUGCCAACUCGACCUCGCUUCUACAUGUACCUUUUUCAUUCGCAUGUUUUAAAUCUGUUCGUAUUGCGAGCUCUGUGAACAUGUUUAUAAAUUUGGGUUCACUGACCGAGUUCAAUGCAAGUCUAAGCUUAUUCAUGCAGAAAUCUUUAAAUCUGUCGAAAUUUGUUAUGCGUUAACUGUAUCUUUAAUCAAGGAGGAUGAUGGAGUUCGACAGCCAGGUUUUCCUUUUUCGUAAGUAAGUUAACGGGAUAUUCAAAUGAUAUUUUCUUUUACACGCUCCGACGUACGUGCAAACAUUUUUAUUAUCAAAGCCUGUUUUCCUGUUAGGCUAAAAACUGAACUUUUUUUGAGUUAGAGGUCUCAGUUUUUUUUCCUAAACAUCAACAGAUGCAAGGCUAAUAAAAAUAAUCAAUUUCCAGCUGUAACAGACACUUUACUCAAUUAGUUGUACCUUUCAUCUUAGGCAAUUUCAAUUUAUUAUUUUCCAGUUACAAGUUUGUGCCAUAAUGUGUUAAUUGAAGACUGUCGUUACCAUAUUUAUUCUAAAACAUGCUGUCUGUGUUGUCGAAAAUUAUGGCCAGGAGGUUACAUUGUUGCAGAUUUUAGCUCUGAAAAAUUUUUAUAUCUACGUGGGCAAGCUGCAUAAUUUGGAAGCCAUGGUGCAACAUGGAAUCAUCUAACAGUGCAUUAUGUUUGUUUGUACAAGAAUUUGCAUAUCACAGACUUUGCCCUUUUUUGCUUCAAUUAACUUCCCUACCAAAGGAAUAUUUUUCAUCCACCGAAUAAAAUAAAAAGCCUUCCACGCCAUAACAAAUGCAAAAUAUAGAAUAAGAACUAACAGGUUUUUUCUAGGUUCUUACUGAUCUUCUAAACGUCAUGAUGACUUGCAAACAGCAAUAUUGAUUGAGGAUUCAAAUUCCUUAGUCUCAUCCUUCUCUGGCUGUGUACAUAAAGGAUUAACAGUGUUUUUGUGUGUACUUGUGCAAUUAAUUCUAGCCAGCAUUUAUCUACCCGCUAGCUGCUUAGCUAACCUUCAUCUAUUAUGAGGCAAUCCAAAACAGAUUUUGGUCAAGGGGUUUGAAUAAAUUAGCUGAGGAAUUCGUAGCGUGACAUCUCUAGUCCGGAUGAUAACUUUAAACCUAACAAAGUUGUAUUUGCAUAAUGUUUUGUAACAAAAGUUUUCUGAACAGUACAGCUAGUCCACUGGUUUCUACUCUAAUGCUUGUCCUACAUGCUCUUGAGAUCCUUUUACUCCUUGAAAAAUCAAAACUUUAGCCCUUUGACCACUACAUUUGCUGCUUGAAUGAUUUUGAAACAUUACUUUUAAUUUAGACGAGAGGUUUAAUGUUUGCUGUGGAAACAAAACAUGGGCAAAAAAAUUCCCAAAUUAAAAAAAGAGAAAAUGUGUGCACACAAAAUUUUGUUCUGAGAGAGCAAGUGUAAGUGGCAAGUGUCACUGAAAUUUGAUGUGAGUCACUUACCCUAAAAUGUUCUUGAUUUUUCUAGUUUUCAAUAUUAUGAGAUAUAAAAAACUAAUUCAAGCAAAGGUGUAAAUGUUUGCUGGGUCUACAUGUUAAUAUAAUUUAUUACUAUGUACUAAAAGACGUGAUGUCUAGGUAACUCAGAAUUAAAAGGUUAAAGUGAAGAUAAGAGAAGUGACUGUUCUGCUUAGAUAAACUAAUGCUACCUGCUGACCAGAUCUUGUGUGUUUUAUUAAUUUUUUGCAAAUAAUUUUCUAACUAGAAAUAUGUGUAUUGCAGAACUUUGCUAAGGAGGAGGAGGGAGGCUGGUAAAAUGUCUGGGAUGGGAGGGCGGGAGAGCCCAACCUCGUUCCCAGGGUUCUCUCCUACCCGCCCUACGAAGCGAGAGAGAGAGAGACCCUGAAAAACACUGGUCACAUGUCUCCCAGAAUCUGGGAGAUUACAAACAAACGAUUUGGGGGAGGGGCAGCUAAGUGUGAGAUUUGUCUCUACACAGCGUAGACAGGUCAGUCCAGCCAUAAAACUGUAGCUGACCUGAUCUUGAACGCCGAAAAUAAUGCACAAAAUCCUUUGACAGCGAAAGCAUAACUUUCUGCAGAAUAUCUGGAUUUUAGUCGCAUGUUUAUCAGCGAUGCUUUCAUUUGGCACAUGCAACGGAAAUGGCGGAGGAUUCACGGUUUUUGCAGUCAAAAAUAAUUUAGGUAUCCUGGUCUACCUGGUAGUAGUAUUCAUACCGAAACGCACUAGAUUUGAAUUGCCGUAUCUAUGUUGUGGAGGCCACAUUAGAAAACAAAUGUACAGUAAUGUGUUUUCAAGACUACUAUCAUGCAGGUUAUGUUGUCUGUUUUGUCUCUGUUUAUGCUAUUUCCUGUUGUCUUCCACGUCGCAUUGGUAUAUAAUUAUUUUUAUCUUUGAUCUAUUUACCAGUUUUCUAUUGCCACAUCAUAACAAAAGUUAGGGGGAGGAAAAAGCUGACAUUUUAGGCUAUAGCUUUCCGUGAAGUCACUAGAUCUAAAAUAUUACUUUGAUCGUAAAUGUAUUAACUGAAUUCCUUGCUCUCAAUGUAACUGCCAUGUUUUGUCUCCGGGGGUUUGUCACGCCCAACCACUUAGACCAGUGAAUGGUGUAGGUUUAUUAGGCCUGAUUACCAGCCGCUGUCAGACAAACAUUGAAAAUAUUAAUAUAGAAAUUCAACAUACAGGGAUUUUACCUUCAAAAAAUUAACUCGCUUGUGUAUAACUCAAGAUCGUAGAUUUUUAGCGUUUGGUGUCAUCGGGUAAACCAGCGACAACGCUAGUUUUUUAUUCCUACUCCGGUAAUUCACUUGUUUAUCUGAUAGUUCUGUUUAGGCAGAAAUUUCCCUUAGUUUCAGUUAUAGUUGUAGUAUCUAUCUUGCUGUUGCGAUCACUGCGUGACGUGAAUGUUGCGGAUAAACCAGACAAAAAUAAUGUGAGACAAAGGACUCCUCCCUCAGAAUUAAUUUUGUUCUGGAGCCACGUGACCAGCGUUUUCCAGGGUCUCUCUCUCUCUCUCGCUCCGUAAGGCGGGUAGGAGAGAACCCUGGGAACGAGGUUUGGGAGAGCCAACAGAGUAAAUUGUGUAGAGGGUGUCAACAGCGGCUCUAAUAUUGGAAUCUGAGAUAUACAAUCUCCUUUUGGUUAACAUGAUUUCAAAUCCAGUGCCCUGGCUUUAAAAAAGCCCUUCAUGAUAGUUCGCCAGACAUCGAAUGUUGCUUUGGGAGCACAAAAUGUUCCAUGAUAUCAGACUUGAUGAUGUCAAGGCAGAAACUAGUGAGAUAUGUUGAUUUUUACAGACUGUAUAUAUGGGCCACCCAAGUUUGCAGUCCGCUAUGACCCGCACGCUGCAUGCAUGCACAACCUUUGAUAUGCAAGGAAUUAAGUUGAGCUGAGUUGGCCCAUGCACCAGUAGACUUUGACAAGGUCCUUCAUGGACACACAGUUUUCUUGUCACAUGUAAAGGAUUUCUCUCAUUCGCAGCAUGGCAAUGUUAGUGACCCAAAAAUGGUUGCUAUUAAUUAUUGUAGCCUUAGCCAAUCACAAUCAGUGAUGCUAACAAAUAAAUUCACAAUUUUUAAAUUCACAUUUAAAAAGGGAAAAAAGCAACUUUAGUUUAAUUCUUUUUGUCUACAAUAUGAUGAUUGGAUGAUCUUAGAAGUAUGGAGAAAAUUACCUGAGAAAAUGCUUUUCAAUAAAAGAAAAAGAAACCCGCAGAUAACAAAUUAAUUUAACCUCAGGUUAGUGCUAAUCAGCCUUCGAACGACUGGGCUCUGGAGCUUCAAGAACCCAAAAUGGUUUUGAUAGCUGAUAUAGACAUAUACUAGAAUAUUGGUUAACAAUCUACCGUAAAAUUCUGAAAAUAAGCCCCGGGGCUUAUAUUUUUCAAAGGCCCUUUUAGAGGGGCUUAUCUACAGAGGGAAAUUUGCAUUUCAAAAUUGACUGGGCUAGCCUUAUAGUUGGAAGUAAAUUUACCGUUUUUGCUUUGUUUUACUUUACAUUUGAGGGCAAUUUUCUAAGUACAAGCCCCGGGGGGGCUUAUAUUUGGAGGGGCGAUUUAACAGAGGGUUUUUUUCGUUACCGGUUUGGGGGGCUUAUACAUGGAGGGACUUAUUUUCGGAAUUUUACGGUAUUCUUGCCCAUGGGCAAAUUGUGAUUAUAAUGCACUACCUCUUUGGCUGUUCUGCUAACACUGGGCUGUAGGACACUGAGUAACUUGUCUAACAUCAUUCUUGUAAGUGAUUCGUGAAAUCUGCUCCAUGUAUAGUGACCAUAAAAAUAUUUUCUGAUUUUGCAGCAAGUUAAAGUACAUAAAAAGCAAUAUAUCCAUGCAGGAUGAAGUGGUUAAAAUUGAUGGACUUUUUGAACUUAAAUAAUUUCGUUUCUUUUUAUUUCCAGGUUAGAUGGAUGAUGUACUGGAUAGUUUUUGCCCUUUUUAUUACUGUAGAACUGUUUGCUGACCUUUUACUAGCAUUUUGGUGAGUUCACAACUUUUUAGAGGGCAGGGCUUUCCUAAAACCUGCCAUGAAAUUCUACAUCCUAAACUGGUUAUUAUAAAAAUUAUCUUCUGUACAGUAAUGAUUGGAUUUAACUUGAUGGAUCAAUCCCUACAAUGUAUAUGUUCAUAGUGUUCCCUUCGAACAGAGGCUACUUUUCCACAGUACAAGCCUGGUCUGAAAUAAGACUGAGAGACUGACUUAUCCAAAUGUCUUCCCUAAUUUUGUGCAGACAAAGUAAUAUCUAUUCUUUUUAUGUUCUUUUCAAGUCUUUAUUUUGUAUUGGUUACUUGUACACCUUAGAGUUUAUUUCAUUUCAAUUUUUUUGAGGGGUUCAGAAUCAUUAUUAAAAUAAUAAUGAUUAUUAAUAUUCCUAUUUUUUUAAGCCUCUUGCAGAGUUUCAAUCCUUGACAGUUUAUUCUUAGGCUUAAUAAUAUUAUUGGUAAAUUACUUUCAGGUUUCCUUUUUAUUAUGAGCUCAAGAUCAUAUUCAUGCUUUGGCUUUUGUUGCCAGCAACAAAGGUAAUCAAAUUUGUUUCAUUCUCGAAAGGUAUAAGAUUUGACCCAUCAUGCAGGAACAUGUGCUGGGAAACGUGUAUGAUCUAGCAGGCCAAUUAAAACUUCUCCUUCCCUGUUUUUGUUUUUUUUUUUGUCUCAAAUAGGUACUUAUCUCUACUGUAUGCUUUCAUUUGAGUCAAAUCAUACAUACCUAACUCUUUGACAUAACUACAGUCAAACCUCCCGGUUUGACCAUUUCUCAUAAGUAACCACCUAACUAAAACACCAAAUAUUUUCCCAGUCAGAUCCUUAUAGUUGACACCUCCAGUAAAUGGCCACUUCUUGCAAGCAACCAAUUGGCCCACUUUUUAUGAUUAUGACAGUUUUAGAAUUUUCCAUUGUUUUUAACCUUUUCAAAGCAACCACCAGCUGGUAAAAAUAAUGGUCUCAUCUCUGUGUUACUUCAUGUUCUACUCUUCUCAUAGUAUGAGAAAAAAUCACCUGUCUUUUUUAAUUAAUCUUUACCUCAAUUUUUACUUUAGGGAUCAAGCAUAUUGUACCGCAAAUUUGUCCAUCCAUGGCUUUCAAAGAAUGAGAAGGUACAAAUUUGAGUUAAGAAUAUUGUAAUAUGAGAUAAGAAAGAAAGCAAAAUUUCAAGUAGUUUUUAGGUUUAAAAGUGACACAGCAGUCUUGACUUUUACUUUUCGCUUUCUCUCCUCCCCUCUUUUUUCGCUUUUCUUGCUUCCUUUUUUUUUCUUUUGCUGGGCAUUUAGUAGGCUUCAUUUUGGUGGGAAAUUUUUUUAGGAAAGCUUUUAGGAUCUUAGAAUUAGAUGAAAGGAAAGGUAAGCGAGUAGUGGAACAAGAUUUUCAUGGAAAUUUUCAGGUCAAUGUUACAUGGUUUUUUGCCUUUAUCUCCAUUGCCCUCAACCGAAUUGAGCUCAUUCUGGUAUGGUUUGAAAGAUUUCUUCACCCGGCACAAGUUAGCAGGCAAAUGUGUCCUUGCCCAUUAAAACUGAUGAUGUCACAAGCGGUAGAAGGGCGUGGAUCUGCCAGGAGGUUAUGGGCGGCUCAGGGGUUCAUGGGUUAAGCAAAUCCUUAACAAAAGUGCUAAAUAUGUAUGUGCUUCAAGAUUAAGAGACACCCUGGAUAACAUUAAAUUUUAACCUAAUCAUACAUUUACAGUCCAGCUUUAUUGAAUAACAGGCUUCUCUUUGCUCAACCUUUGAAUUUCUGUUCAAUUCACAGGAUAUUGACAGCUAUAUUGAGCAGCUAAAAGAAAGUGGGUAUGACACUGUAGUAAGGGUCAGCAAAAAUAGCCUAUCCAUAGCUGCAGACACCAUGAUAAAGACUGCUGCCACGGUAAUCAUAUUCUUUUGCUUUUGCUUUGCUACUGUCAGUAGAUCAAAAAAAUGUGUCUUUUGUUCACAGGGGGGGCUUUGAUUUCUUCAUUAGUUCAGGGCUUCUGAUAUUUCACGGAAAAAAAAAGUAAAAUUUCGCGGGAUUUUCAGGGGCAAAUUCACGGAAAAAUUGGCCGAUUUCGCGGGAAAAAGGUCAAAAUUCGUGGGAAAAUCGGUUGAUUUCGUGGGAUUUUAGCGGAAAGAAUUCAAAUUUCGAAGGAUUUUCAGGGCCAAAUUCUUAGAAAAAUCGGCCGAUUUCACUGGAUUUUUUUUUGGCAAAUUUCACUAAAAUUGACUCAAUUUUUGGGUCGAUAUGACCAGCGUUGUUUAACGUUUUUUUUAACAACGAUAAUCAUUUGCUCUUUCAACAACAAUGCGCUCGAGAAAUGUACCAAUGGUAAGGCAUUUCACAUCGUGGCCAGUGCCCAGUUUUUCACAACAUUAAUCUAAGAAUGCCUGUUAGUUUUGGAACGUUGUAUACUCGUUGCAGUGACGAAGUUUCAAGAUAGAUUUGGACGUUGGGGUGAAUAAAACAGGUCUAACAGCCAAGAUAAGUAUUAAAUAUGUUUUGCCGACAUGUAUUUGGAAAUAUUUCUGGCGGAUUUCGCGGUAUUUCGCGUUCUUUUGGGAAUUUCGCGGAAAAACCUGAAUUUCGCGGGUCCGCGACUGCGCGAAAUAUCAGAAGCCCUGUUAGUUUGUCUCCAUAAAAUGCUUUUUGUGACUUUGAUCAACUAUGUUUCUAGGGUAACAUAAAGGAUCCUUUUAUGUAACCGUCAUGUUGUGGGUAGUCUAAAUUUAUUAACUUGCGUUGAAUAAAAUUUCCAUGUCAAUCUAGGGCCAGACUGUUCUGGCGGAGAAAUUGCGCCACUAUGGUACAGAUGCUACUGACAAUAAAAGAGGUGGAAGACUUCACAAAGCCAAAUCAUGGUAUGGUGGAAUGAAUACUACAGACAAUGACUACAUGCCAAUUGAUGAAUCUGAGGAAUACAGCCUGAUAGAAGAAAGAGAAGAAGAGGAAGAAGAAGAGUCUGUAAACCCUGAUGUGGAGAGGUACAGUUUUCAACCCAAUGGUCAUUCAAUUCUUGCAGUAAGAUUCAAGUAAACUGACUCUUUAUGUGAAUGGGCACCUCCAUUAUACACUUGAGCAAUUCCUUAAAAAUACAUAGGCUCCUAAAGUCGGGCCCUCAGCCUUUUUUCAGUCAGUCAGGGUGCAAAGAAAAUCAUCUUCUGGUAAAUCAGCUAGUAAAUUCUAACUUCAGCUUGCCAUUCGGGCAAGCUGAAGUUAGAAUUUACUAGCCCAGACAUCAUUUCUACUAGCCCCAAAAACUUUUUGACUAGCAGAAUUGAUUUCACAGUUCUUCCGUGUUAUUCAAAUUCCUCAAGAAAAAUCACUUGCCUGUUGGGCAAGUUAAAAACAGAAUUCACCAGCCCGAUAGCAAAAUCCACUAGCCCUGGGCUAUCGGAGAGUUCUUUCUUUGCAGGUUGGUCAGUUUGACUCUCUAUAAGGCGAACAUGUAUGCACUGCACUGUGCUAAAAUGUUGAAUGAACUUGGCACUGAAAUUUUUCUACACAUUAAUGAAUUACUGUUACAGUACAAUUUUUUCAAAAUUGUUAGACUAGGAAAGUCCUUGUUCUGGGGUAAAAACUAUUGUUACAGUCAUCUCAUUAAGCAGUGUCAUUAUUAAUUUUCACAAGUUGACAAAUGUUAUUGUUGCCUUAGUGCAAAGCUGAAUGAAGAAUUAAGAGAACAUCCAAAAGAGACUAAAACUCAAACAACCAAGCGGUCACGAGGAUCAAGUAACUACCAGUCACUCACCUUGCCACGCUCAUAUGGGGUAAGUUUCCUAAAUGUUGUGAUGAUUUUGUAUAAGUUGAACCUAAUUUGAUCUUUUAUCAACAUUUUUUGUCUGAUUCAUACACCAUUCAGAGAACCUCACACCGUGCAAGAGUUCAUGGGGAUCCCUUUGAGGUAAAUUUUGUCUUUAAUGUAAUUCAUUUAUUUCUACUUGCUGUUGGUAUUUUUAGUUUUAACGGGUUUUUUUUAACAGACCUUUCCUGCAUUCUGCUCUGGUGAGCAAGCGUAAAGAAAUAAGGUCAAGGCUAGGGUGGACAAUUUGAUACAAAUCACUGUAUAAUUUUGUCCACCCGAGGGCUCCUAGAAAUGGUCAGUGCCUUUGUUUACGGGAAUGCAGGAAAGGUCUAUUAAUAGCUACUUAUCCUCGAUAAAGUGAAAUUUUACUUGAUUCCUGGUAAAUAGUGCUCUCUGUUUCUCUUCUUUUAAAUUUUACAAGUAACUUGGUAAUUAAUCUAACCUUUUGUUUUCAACAGUCAUCAGCACAUUCUUACAAUCCUGGAGAUGUUAGGACUUAUGAGGUAGGUGAUGAUGCUCACAUUUUAUCUCAAAAUUUACUUUGUUUAAUUAUGUUACUACUAUUACACUACAGACGUUGAGGGGUGGGGGAGGGGAGGUGACAUCGCUACACUACAGGUCAUUGCAUGAAACAUUGUUCAGGCAAUUAAGUUAAGCACUGAAUGAAGCCAGUGCCCCUGAGCAGGCCUUGGUGACUGGCUGUUUCCCUAACUUGGAUGACUGGUGGCAUAAACACCCUAAAGCUUAUGGAUUGAGAGCACAGCCUAGUUAGUUAUCAUCAACAAUCCUGCUUUAACAGCAAGAAAAUUAAACUUUUUAAGCCUUAUCUCACACAGUAUGAUUAUAUUAAUCCUCCUUACUGUAAAGCUUUUGGUUUUGAGCACAGCCUUGGUUAUGGACAUGACAGUCCAUCUUUUAAGAGGGACUGUCCUAAAGGUCCUAAAUGUUACGCUUGCGCAGUGUGAGGUUCUGUGAAUGGUGUAUGAAUCAGACAAAAAAAUGUUUGAUAAAAGAUCAAAUUAGGUUCAACUCAUACAUGAAUGCGAAUAUUUAUAAUCAUUAUAACAGUUAGGAAACCUACCCCAUAUGUUUUGAAGAACAUGUUACUAGUGCAAAGCUUUGAGAGAAAAUUGAAUUGUUUUCUUACCAGGCCAUUUUUCAUUCACUUCUAACUCCAACUCAUUUAAACAUUGGCUUGUGGCCUAGAUACAGUAUGAUGUAUUUUUUAUGAUUGGGUGCUGUGCACUACAUGUUGACUCUGUGUUUAUAACAGGUGCAUAAGAAAUGUGAGGCACAAGAUACCAUACAUAAGCUAUGCAUGGGAGGGAGGAAGACAUUGACAGGAGUUAGAGUUCCUUCUCGGCUCACACUCAUAAUAUUAUUAUUCUUCUGCUGCAGGCAUCACUAUAUUUUUGCAUUCCAUAUUUUUCAUGUGCCUGUCCCACUGGCUAGCAAUGAAUUGUAAACCUUGGCAGUUUUCUCACCAAGAUUAACACUUAAUUGUAACAUUAUUGUCAAUUUUUUAUUACAGACAAGAGCACAAAGGAGGACCCAGCGGAAGAUUGUGUAGGCCUCAUGUUAGCUUCUCACUUGCUUUCUUGUUUACUUUUUACUACUUCAGCGUGCUGCCAGCUCAAGGGUUCAACCCAGACGAAGCCCCAGGAACAAACAAGGCCGUUCACUUCCUGUUAUUCCACAUGGUUCAAAUGAGGCAAAUUGUUGA